AUGUAUGAUGGAGGCCUUCAUUACAAUAAUGGACGUCGAGGUCAAGACGAGCACUUCAGAGGACGGGUCUCACAUUUCCCACAAGAGCUGCAGUUUGGUAACGCCUCCAUCAUCAUCAGAAACACCACGGUGGCUGACAGUGGAGACUACACCUGUGAUUUUCCACAUCUGCAGCCAGAACAAAGGUUCUGCAUUAAACUUGUUGUUGAACUCACCUUGAAAGAUCGAUCAGGAGAAAUCCCAGGUGCAGCUCCGAAGCCGUUUGUUGGGAUCCUGAACAUCAGCGAGGACGAGGCGCUGCUGAAGUGUGAGGUCAGAGGUGCUUCUCCAAAGCCUAAAGUAGAGUGGAGGGACAGCGAUGGGAACAUCCUUCCUGCUGAGGAGCCACAGGUGUCACGCACAGGAGAGCGCUAUGACAUCACCCUCCUCACCACGGUGACCAGGACAAACAGCAGCCUCUUCCACUGCGUAGCCACGCAGGAGGAGAUGGGCCAUGUGACCCGUGAUCAGAUCGACGUGCGUUACUGUGAGAAAACGUCUGAGGUGAAGUCCCACUGUGGAGUCGGUGUGCUCAUAGGUUUGUGGUUUUCUGGAGUUCUGACUGUCGCUGCAACUCUGGCUCCAUCUGUAGCUGCAAAGUGCAUCAGAAAACACAAGAAAGCUUCUCAGAGAAACCAGAGAGACGAUCCUUCUAAGGAAGCUUGUAACGGUGACGCUUCACUCACAAACUGUUUAACGUCACAGCUGUAGUGUGUUUGUGAGGCGGGGGGGGUCACCAUUACUUUUUUAAUA